AUGGUGACCGAGACCAGGACGGGCCCUCUUGGAUGCAGUAACUAUGACAACCUGGAUUCUGUCAGCUCCGUUUUGGUCCAGAGCCCUGAAAACAAGAUUCAUUUGCAAGGGCUCCAGUCGGUGCUGCCAGAGUACCUCCGGGCCAGAUUCGUAGAGGCGGCGCUGAGCUACAUUGGCUGCAAUGAGGAGGGCGCACUGGUGUGCCGGAACAACGACUGCUGGUGUGCGUGUGGACCGGACCACCCACACUGUAACUGCCCCGCGGUCGAGCUCAAAGCCAUGGAGACGAGCCUGCUGCAGAUCCGGGAGGCCUGGACGCUCGCCAACCACGACUUUGAAGAGUCAGGUGAGCUCUAA